AUGGGUUUCCUCUGGAGCUCAAGAAAUGAUAAAAAUUCGCGUCCACCAGUUCCAACAGACAAAAAACUCAAGAGCUCGAACAAAUCAGUGCAGCAGGCAGCCAAAUCUAAGGAGAACACUAAGCACGCAACGGCGGGUGCCAGUGGUGGUGAACAGAAGGGAGAUCGUAGUACUAAUGGUACAGAUGCCAGUCGUAACAGCUUUUAUGAAAAUAAUAGCACUGAAAACAAAGGUAAGAGCUGUUAUUCUAGUUACGACACUAGUGAACACCCCGGUAAUGAGGAGCGGAACUGCUACGAAGCUAGAGCCCAUGAGCGAGGGAAGCAGGAAAGGGCAAAAGAGGCGAGAAGGAAGCAGAUGGGAUACGGUAGCGAGAGUUCUAGAAGUUGGUCUGGGUAA